AUGUGCAACUUCACAACCACCUACCACACCAUCUGCAAGCACUACUCCACCCGCCAAUACACCUACUGCCCGCUGGCCGAAUCUCAAAACGCCCUCGCCACCAACUCCCCGCAAAGCUGUCACAACACCACCGACAUGGGCCUCGAGACGGACUUCACCGUAUCCUGUAUCAUGUGUCAACGCACCCGUGCUCGCACCCUGUUCUUCACGGGCAUCCCACCACAACCCGAACCGCAAGCGAUCACGUAUGGCAUUGUGGCUUCGAGGUCUGUGGAGAAGGGGAUUCCGAGUGUGUGUGUGACGAGUUGGGUGGAUACUGGCUCUACUGGAAGUGGAAGUGGAAGUGGUAGGACCUCCCCAUCCAUGUCCCGGUGCGAUUCGAAUAUGUCUUUGGCUUCCUUGUCUCCCUCCCUGGCGUCCAUUUCAUCAUCAUCAUCCCAACAAAAUUCUCAAGGCUCGUACCGCGGCUGGUCCUUCAAAGAAGGUAAGUUUGGAAAUGCGCAUUGGAGAUCCUAUCAAGAUGACGAACAGGCCGCGCUCAUUCAGCAGAAACGCCAGGCCAAGGAGAGAACUGCGCUCAAGUCUUGUCAUGAAGACUAUGAGUAG